AUGGCCGAUGAUGAGCAGUGCUACAAUUCCGAUGACGACGACUACAUGGACGACUGUGAUUAUUACAAUGAUGAGGACACAUAUAUGAACGAGAUACCCGACGAGGAUAAAUGGGACCCGGAAGCGGAAGAGGCAAAAGCUGAAUGCCUUGACCAUUUCCAGGUCGAGUGUUUGCUGAACGAAAACUUGGCGUCGGUGGUCGGUGGCUACGUGACUCCUUCUCUAGCCAAGAUACUCCUUCACGCACACAAUUGGGAUGUUACAAAGGUCCGCCAACUGUUGGCGACAGAUAUGGAAGGUACACUGGUUAGUUGCGGCGUAAAGCCAGCUACCAGUCAUCGAGAAGAGAAGGGCCAGCUGUGUCUAGUGUGUUAUAAUACAGAUGACGACCUACGGUCGCUCUGCUGCAGACACGGGUUCUGUUCUCACUGUUGGGGGACCUACUUUGAGACGAGGUUAUUGGAAGGCAAUGCAACGCGGAUCCUAUGCAUGUCUACAAAAUGCGCUGUAGUGGCGCCGCCAGAAUUUGUGCUCAAGCUCUUGGACAAAGCAUCGUUGCGAGCAAAAUAUGAGCGUUUCUUGUAUCGAGACUACGUCAUUGCCCACCCAGAGCUUCGAUUUUGCGUUGGAAAGGAUUGCUCGGCCAUCAUCCGCUCCAAAGAGACCCAACCCAAACGAGUAACCUGCGGCAAAUGCGAAGUCUCGUUUUGCGUUCUCUGCGGCAUCGACUACCAUGCGCCCACCUCUUGCGACGUCAUCAAGAAAUGGAUGCUGAAAUGCGCGGACGAUAGCGAAACGGCAAAUUAUAUCAGCGCCCACACAAAAGACUGCCCGCAGUGCCAUGCUUGCAUCGAGAAAAAUGGCGGCUGCAACCAUAUGCAAUGUGUCAAGUGCAAGCACCAUUUUUGUUGGAUGUGCUUUGGAGAUUGGAAAAGUCACGGCACCGAGUACUACGUCUGCAGCCGAUACAAGGAAAAUCCCAGCGUUGCCGCCGAAGCAAACCACGUGAAGGCGCGCAGGGCCCUGGAGAAAUAUUUGCACUAUUUUGAAAGAUAUGAAAAUCACAACAAAUCGCUCAAGAUGGAGGAGGAACUGCGGCAGAAGAUUAAGCGAAAGAUUGACACCAAGGUGAACGAACACGAGGGUACGUGGAUAGAUUGGCAACACCUGCACACGGCUGCCUCGUUGCUGACGCGCUGCCGUUACACCCUGCAGUACACCUACCCGUUCGCCUACUAUUUGGAGAAGUCGGCUCGCAAGGACUUGUUCGAGUUCCAGCAAGGCGUGCUCGAGCGCGAGGUUGAGGAUCUGGCAUGGGCCGUGGAACGUGCCGAUACGGCCGAUCGCGGAGCAUUGGAAGCGUCAAUGCAUAGAGCCGAGAACAAACGCGUGGCGCUUCUCCGUGACUUCUUCUUUUCGCCGAUGACUGAUGGUGCAGCACCGGGUCCCAGCAGGCAUACUUCCUUU